AUGGGGCAGGGCCUCAAUAUCGAUAGCGCCGUCUCGGACGUGGCCAAGGCUGUUGCCAUGGGCAUCGACGCUUUUGCUCUCAACGUUGGCCAGCCCGACCCAGACUGGUCGGUCGAUUGCGUCAAGCGCUUUUUCAACGCGGCGCAGGGUACCAAGCUCAAGAUUUUCUUCAGUCUCGACUUGUACGCCACCAACGACCCGGAGCGAUUCCGCAAGAUGAUCAACGACUACUUGGGGCACCCCAACUACUACACGGUUGGCCCCAACAACCUUCCAAUGCUCAGUCACUUCAGCAACGGCAACGGUUGGACGGCCACAUCGUGGAACAACUUCCGCGAGUCACUCAAGGAGAGAACGUACUUUGUACCCAUGUUCGACCAGUUCCCCAACUACUACACGAAACCCGAUGCUUUCUGGUCCUCGUGGUCUGUGCCGUCGGCGGCGUCUUCACACCUCGACGCGAGCCUCAUGCGCAGGGCUUACCGCGAGGGAAAGGCUUACAUGACGGGCCUCUCGACGUUCCAGUACAAGCACUACAAGAACGACCAUUGGUACCGGGUCGGCGACACCGUCAUGCCGGAGAAGAUGACGCAGCUGCUCGCGCUUUCCAACACGGCGGGCAACAGGCCAGACUUCAUUCAGAUCCAGAGCUGGAACGAUGCUGGUGAGGGCCAUUACAUUGGUCAUCUGCGGCACGAGAGCCUGCUCAAAGAACAGCUCGCGUAUGCCAACCAGGACGAGCACCCACACGACGGUUGGCAGCCGCUGUUCACCAGCUUCAUUAACGCGUGGAAGAGCAACGCCAAGGACGCUUCCCAGAUGCAGACCCCAGCCGGAUCGCGCACCUUUGUCGUUGGUGCCAUGUGGCAUCGCGAGUUCCUGGCCUCUUCUUCCUGCUCGGGCACCGACGGCAAACCUCUCGGUGGUCGAGCCGCGUGGUGGCAACCUCAUCUUCAAGGAGAAGCUGCUGCCGGGUCUCAACUACCGCUCUGUCCCGUCGUCAAGACGGGCGAGCAGCACGUGCAAGUCGUUGAUGCCGCCGGAGUGCCCAUUAUCGAGAGCGGCAAGAAGACCAAGGGUAUUGCGGCCAAUCCCAAGGGUGAUCUCUGCACCUACAACUACCGGGUGGCUUGGCUUGUCUGA